UUCUGCUGCGAGUUUUUAUUGAAGCGAGAACUCGACCCAUCGAAGUAUGCACCUUACUUUUUUCCUUGGACAGGGCUGGAAAUCAUGCUUGGAAAGAGCAAAAUCAUCGAGGAUGGAAUGAAGUUUGUUUUUACUAGUUUUUGGAUUACUUUUUGCGCCUGUUUAGUUGAUGUUCGCUGUCAGGAGGGUAACGGUUGUGGACACGCGCUGCUGGGAACAGAGUCAGGUACCAUAGGCUCUCCCAACUACCCGGGCACCUAUCCCAGCAACGCCUGGUGUAAAUGGAGGCUGCGCGUGCAGGAGGGCCGGACGCUGCGCCUGCUGUUUGGAGACUUUGACAUCGAGAGCAGCCCAGGCUGCAGAAACGGAUCCAUCGUGAUCACCGGCAAGAGCGGAGAACGGAGACUGGGCCCAGUGUGUGGAAAGCUUAAUGCAACCAUGAAGAAUGUGACUCUUGAAACCAACGAAGUGACGGUAACGUUCAUGUCUGGCCCACACCGCUCUGGACGAGGGUUCCUGCUCUCUUAUGCAACGGACCAGCAUCCAGAUCUGAUUAGUUGUUUACAAAGAGGAUCCCAUUUUAGUUUCCAGCAUUUAAGCGUGUAUUGCCCAGCUGGAUGCAAGAAUGUCCCGGGGGAGAUUUGGGGAAACUCUGAACUGGGCUACAGAGACACGUCGGUUUUGUGCAAGUCUGCGGUCCACAGUGGAGCUACGUCUGACGCUUUGGGAGGCCGGAUCACUGUGAAUCAGGGGAGAAGUCUCACGCUCUAUGAAUCCACCUUCGCUAACGGAGUCCUCUCUAAAACGGGGUCAUUAUCUGAUAAGAAGCUGCUGUUUAGCAAAGAAUGUAGCAACAUCCUGGCUGUCUCUGCUCUAAAUGCAUCGUCUUUCUGGGACAAAAACAGUCGAGAGCACACAGCGUUCUCAGCCUCCAGAAACACAGAGUCCAGCCACGACUUCCUGCUCUGGACAGCAGACCACAGGGAUCCCAACCCGUGGGUGGAGAUUGAACUGGCUGAAAGGAGCACUGUGACGGGAUUAGUGACAACAGGAUCGUCGGUGAGCUACGUGGAAUCUUACAGUCUGCAAUUCAGCAAGGACAGAAAGAGCUGGAAGACUUACAAAGAUGCUACGAGCAAAGAAAAAAAGGUGUUUCAGGCAUACACGGACGGCCACCUCACGGUGCUCAACAGCUUGAUUCCUGCCGUCGUUGCUCGAUUUGUUCGGCUUCAGCCUCUGAGCUGGCACGACAGAGCUUCUGCUCGGGUUCAGCUCUUAGGUUGCCCUGCUGCCAAGGUCACACUGAGGUCACGGCCUCCCGGUGCAGAGUCUCCGUCCAUCAAGUUUAACGUGGAUACCCUGAACCCAAGCCCCUCACCCACUCCCACUGAGAAAGCCCUGUCUGUGGAAACAACGCUAACCCACAGUCAGCCAGUGAUCAUAGCGGUGGGAGUGGUCCUGGGACUGGUGAUGUGUGGGAGCUGUCUACUGGCUGGGAUCUGGUGGAAGCGAAGGAAAAAAGACUCUGUAAUGAAGAACUCCUUACCGACAGUUGUCUGUCAGGCUUUUAAGGCAAAGAGUCUCCCGUGUCCACAGUCGGAGCUCAUCUCCUACCCACUGGUGCGCAGCGUGCACGACGCUCUGCCGAGCCCCCCUCUGAACGACUAUGCUGCUCCUGCCAUUACAUCUGUUGGACAGAAGGUCGGUUCCACAUUCAGACCCUCUUCAGAUGAAGGCUACACCACUCCGUUCACCUGCGCCCAUUACGACACACCUGGCAACCUUCCAGAGUACGCCGAGCCGCUUCCCCCGGAGCCCGAGUACGCCACUCCAUUCAGCGAGCUUCCCCCUGAGCACCAACCGCCCAGCUUGCUUCACGGCAUUAUGCACAGACCUCCUGCUCAUGCACCCUCCGCUCACAGUCAGUACGACUGCCCCUCACAUAGGGUGCUGUUCAAUGGCUACUGCACCCCUGCCCUGCACACCAGCGACCCUUGCCCUGCCAGUGAAGACUACGCAGAGCCCAAGCCAAGUGACUCCUUGGUGCGAAAGAACACCUAUGAGGAGGCCUUGUGAAUGCAGGGCGAUCAGAUGUGGAGGACAGAUCUACUUGGACCAGGGGAUCUCUUAGAUCCUAAGAGGACACUAACCCAGAGCGUGCUCAGCAGGGUGAACGUGUCAGUGAGAGAUGUUCAAGGACAUCAGGAGUCACUAUAGACGACCCCCCCCCUCCACCCCCAUAUUCAUAGAGGAUAUCAGGGUGGACCAGUCAGUACACAAGAUCUGAGAGUCAUGUUGACAAAAUAUUUCCUUACAGGAAGUUAUGGAUUUGUACAGUUUUUAUUCCAUAGAAUGCACAAAGAAACUACAGGUUUGAUUGCGUCUGAGACGCAGAGAGUCUACCAAUGAAAUGUUCAAUCACAAGCUGCACUUUCUACAGAAAUGUACACAUCCGUCUUUUAAAAAAGGUGAAAGCAAAACAGUGGACCGAUUGUUACUCGCUCAUACUGUUCACAACGCUUUGUAGACUCUUGAAGAAACACUGUUAAAGGUACACUGGUUUGGAGCUGUGACCACAUAUAACCACUAGGUGGCUCUUGUGAGCUUCAGAUUUCUAAUACUGAAUGACGUGUAACUUUCUGUCUGGAAAAAUAACAUGUUAAAGUACUUGGGAGUUGUAACACAACAAAGGCACAACAAUACAGGAUGAAAGUGUGACGAGGAAAUGAAAAGUUUCACAUACCUUCAGUGUGACUUUCAUCAACACAAACACUGUCCUGGAAGUAGGAAGAAGUUCUAAACUAAAUUAAAAGAGGAUAUUAUUAUUAAAACUGUAUACAAAACAAACUAUUUUGGAUUAUUUUCCUUUCAUAUGUGUGUUACAUACAGUAUGUGACAUAACCUCUGCGUCCACUCUUUAAUUUGUAUAAAAAUACAAUAUCUAAUAUUUACUAAAAA